CUGCCGAAAGCAAAGAUCAGUUUUUGAAUAUACGUGUAAUUUUUACUCUUUACAAGUGUGUUCUUGAAAUUUCAAUUCUUUGAUCAAUCAAUCUAUAUAUAUAUAUUAUCCGUGGCAAGUUUCUCUGCUUGAGAUCCAGUCGUCAAAAAGUCUUCUUUGAGAAGAUUUGAAGAAGAUUUGAAGAAGAAGAAGGAGGUUGAAGGAGGAUCUGGGUACUCUUCAUUUCCUUCUCGUUUGGUAAAGACAUGGCAAAUCCAUUUGCCAUGUGGCCAUUUAGCCUUGGUACAGGGUCUUCAUUGCUCUACAGCUGGACAAUCUGUAGUGCAGGCAUAUUUGUCUUGGUUGCACUUUUUCUAUCUAUGUACCUCAUCUUCGAGCACUUAGCUUCUUACAAUCAGCCUGAGGAGCAGAAAUUUUUAAUUGGACUAAUUCUGAUGGUUCCUGUCUAUGCACUAGAAUCGUAUUUGUCCUUAGUGAAUUCAAAUGCCGCAUUCAACUAUGAAAUAAUACGAGAUUGCUAUGAAGCUUUUGCUUUGUAUUGCUUUGAGAGAUAUCUGAUCGCAUGCUUAGGCGGAGAGGAUAAAACAAUUGAAUUCAUGGAAAGCCUAGCAUAUACUGCUUCCAACGUUCCUCUUCUGGAGGAAACUUAUGCUUAUGGAGUUGUAGAGCAUCCAUUUCCGUUAAAUUGUCUGCUGAGGGAUUGGCAUCUUGGUUCUGAUUUCUAUCAAGCAGUGAAAAUUGGUAUCGUGCAAUAUAUGUUAUUAAAGAUGAUCUGUGCAAUGUUUGCCAUGAUAUUCCAACUCUUUGGUGUUUAUGGAGAAGGAAAAUUCGACUGGAGAUAUGCGUAUCCAUACUUGGCAGUUGUUCUCAAUUUUAGCCAGACUUGGGCUUUAUAUUGCCUUGUGCAGUUCUAUUCCGUCAUCAAACAUAAGUUGGCACCAAUCAAACCUCUGGCCAAGUUUUUGACAUUCAAAUCAAUAGUAUUCCUAACAUGGUGGCAAGGCAUUGCAGUUGCAUUUUUGUUCUCCAUAGGAGCUUUUAGAGGGGCACUUGCACAGGAGUUGAAAACUCGUAUACAAGACUACAUUAUCUGUAUCGAGAUGGGUAUUGCUGCUAUCGUCCAUCUUUACGUUUUCCCAGCUGUGCCAUACAAACGGGGAGAAAGAUGUGUACGAAAUGUGGCUGUAAUGGAAGACUAUGCUUCACUUGGAUCUCCUCCAGACCUAGAAGAGGUCCAAGACUGUGAAAGAACCACUAAGGUUCGCAUUGCUCGUCACGACGAGCUGGAAAAGCGACUCAACUUCCCACAGAGCGUCCGAGAUGUCGUCGUGGGAAGCGGUGAAAUAAUUGUCGAUGACAUGAAGUUUACAGUUUCGCAUGUUGUGGAACCGGUUGAAAGGGGAUUCGCUAAAAUUAACAAGACGUUUCAUCAGAUAUCUGAGAACGUGAGGAAGUACGAAGAACAGAGGAAGAGUUGCAAGGACGAUAGUUACGUGAUACCUUUGAAUUCGUGGAAUAAGGAAUUCUCAGAAGUGCACGAUAAUCUUGCUGCUGCUGCAGGAAGUGUUAGCGAUAGUGGUUUGCCUAAUGCUAAAGGAGGAGGACCAUUUCGUUCUUCAAAAGCAACAUCUUCUCGGCUUAGAUAGCAUUUGUUGUAUGAAUCCGCAGCUGUUUUGGAUGACGAUGAUUCAAUGAUUAUCUUGACUUACACUGAUGAUGAUAAAGUUCUAACUAAUAUGGUGGCUGCUGCUGUUUUUACUUUUUAACAAAAACGAUGAAAGCUGAAGUGGAAGAGAGCAGACAGAUUUUACAAACUGUAAAUGGAUUAUUACCUUUUUUUUUUUUUUUUUUUUUUUUACAUAUUGAGUAUUAAUUGUGUAUGUAUAUAUACAAUAUUCCUUCUGUAUUUUUGUUUCUUUUUAAAGAAGAGCUUUUCAUUAAACUAAGGUAAUAGUUGCAUUUACCAUAAUACACCUUCUAUGGAAUGUAAACUAAAUACUUUUUUUUUAUGAUAAUUGCAAAUUUUCUCAUAUUUUUUAUAGUAAGAAUAGUAUUUGGUUA